AUGACAUUGAUCAUAUUAAGAAUCUUCAUUUAUUACUGGGACACUCCGAUUGUUAAAGCCAAUAACCGAACUGUGAGCUUCAUCCUCCUGGCCUCCAUCUUGCUGAACUUACUCAGUGUCCUCUUCUUCCUUGGCCGUCCAGUGGACAUAACCUGCUUACUGAGACAAACCUCAUUUGGCGUCUUCUUCUCUAUUGGUGUCUCUUCUCUUCUGGCCAAAACUAUCAAAGUUUGCAUUGCCUUCAAAGCCACCAAACCUGGAAGUUUCUGGGUGAAGUGGAUGUCAUUCAAUUUGUCAGAUUAUGUGGUCUUGGUGUGUUCUUCUGUACAAGUUCUCAUAUGUGUUAUUUGGUUGUUGAUGUCUCCUCCUUAUGUAGAGUUUGACCAUCACUCUUAUCCUGGGAAGAUCAUCAUUCAGUGUAAUGAAGGCUCAGUCAUCGCCUUCUACUCCAUGUUGGGUUAUAUGGGAUUCCUGGCAGCUGUGAGCUUUGUUCUGGCUUUCAUGGUGAGGACAUUACCGGACAAUUUUAAUGAGGCCAAGUACAUCACCUUCAGCAUGCUGUUGUUCUGCAGUGUCUGGAUCGCCAUGAUACCAGCCUAUCUGAGCACUAAAGGGAAGUACAUGGUGGCUGUGGAGAUAUUUGCCAUAUUGACCUCCUCUGCUGGCAUUCUUGGUUGUAUAUUUCUUCCAAAAAUAUAUGUUCUCCUUUUAGAACCUAGUUUGAACUCUAGAAAAGCAAUUUUGGAGAAAAACAAGAUAUAG